AUGACGCAGAACAAGUCGCCGGCGGCUAAGAAGACGGUGGUCUGGUGGGACAUGAAUACCUGUCCGCCUCCGGAAGAGUUAGAUCCUUAUCAGAUCCGUCAGAGUAUAGAAUCGGCGUUUUCACACUACCUUCCUUUCACCAUCUCUGCCCAUGGCAACCUAAAAGCCAUUCCUCCUGGCCUCUUGGAAUCGAUAUUAUCCUCGGGAAUCAUUUUGAAACACGGCCUAGACGGUUCGAUGCCCGUGGAUAUGAAGAGGUGGAGAGAUGCUAAUCCACCUCCGGCUAGGUUGAUUCUUAUAUCCGAUUGUGAAGGCAUCCGUGGGAUACUGCCAUUGUUUAAGAAUCUUGGAUACACGAUUAUUGGUGUCCUUAAAAAAAAUGAGCUUGAGCUUGAAGAUCCAGCCGAAUACGCUUCUCUAGUCACCUUCUCUUGGGAUCAUUUAUUAUCAGGUUGUCAUCGCCGUACUACUGGAGAGGUUAUGGAUGUUAAGGACAAGUGCAGUGAAACUGCUUGGCUAUGCAAGUUAUGCAUUAAUUCUAGCCGCCCUUUUGCUGGGGAAAGCUAUGAAAGUUUGACCAGGCAUUUCAACAGUGCACAACAUAGUUUUCAAAUUGCUAAGAUUACCGAGAUGAAGAGGCAGUCGAUGGGAAGUAGACGUGGUAACGAAGCCCACUCCGUUUCAGGCGUGAGAAGGCGAAGACUGGGUGUUGUUUGUUUCUCUGCAAGGCAUUUCUUAUGUUUCAUAUGUUACUUGGAAGCCACGGUUUCCCUCUACCAAUUAGCCAAGUGCGAUUUGAUAUUUCACGAGAUGAUGCAGAACAAGUCGCAGCCGGCUAAGAAGACGGUGGUCUGGUGGGACAUGAAUACCUGUCCGCCUCCGGAAGGGUUAGAUCCCAAUCAGAUCCGUCAGAGUUUAGAAUCGACGUUUCCACACCUCCUUCCUUUCACCAUCUCUGCCCAUGGAGACCUAAAAGUCAUCCCUCGUAGCCUCUGGGAACCGAUAUUAUCGUCGGGAAUCCUUUUGAAACACGGCCCAGCAGGUUCGAUGCCAGGUUCGAUGCCCAGUGAUAUGACUAGUUGGAGAGAUAAUAAUCCACCUCCGGCUAGGUUAAUUCUUAUAUCCGAUUGUGAAAGCGUCUGUGGGAUACUCCGCUUGUUUACGGUGCGUGGAUACACGAUUACUUGUGCCGUUAAAAAUAAUAAGCCUGAAGAUGCAGCCAAAUCCAAAUACGCUUCUCUAGCCGCCAUCUCUUGGGAUCAUAUAUUAUCAGCUGCUUGGUAUGACAGUACUAGUGGCCGACCGGUUAUGGACAAGUGCAGUGAAACUGCUUGGGUAUGCAACAUGUGGAUUGAUUCUAGCCACCCGUUUGCUGGGGAAAGCUAUGAAAGUUUGACCAGGCAUAUGUCCAGUGCAUUACAUAGUAUUCAAGAGUCGAUAUGGAUGAACCCUACGCCCUCUUCUGGUUCUCGAGAUGAAGAAUAUGAAGAAAGUGAAGAUGAUCUUGGUUCUGGAGAAGAUGAAGGAGAUGAAGAAAGUGAAGAUGAACUAGAUAAGGAGAUGAUGCAGACUCGAGAAGAAAGUGAAGAUGAACUAGAUAAGGAGAUCAUGCAGAACAAGAAAACAGGGGUGUGGUGGGACAUGGAUACCUGUCCGCGUCCCCAAGGGUUGGAUACCUGUCCGUCAGAGUAUAGAAUCGAUGUUUUCAGAACACCUUCCUCUAAACGUCUCUGCCAUUGGCAACCUGAAUUCCAUCGAUGCUGGCGUGUGGGAACCCAUCUUAUCCGCUGGUUUCUUUACGAAACACAGCCUAGCAGGUGA